AAGACAUCGACAUUAAAGACACUGCUCAACUUCUAAUCUUAGAGGAAUUAGUAAGAAUUAAAAAAUAACAAGAAAUAUCUGGCAAUGGCAUGCUCAAAUGACAUUACAAUGACUGUCAUGAAUACUUUGAUUCAGAAGCCUCAUGAAUCCAAGUAUUGCACCUCUGUGGUUGAGGGAGCGACACUGUUUGCGGCCUUAAAUAAAAUACAAGAUUCCGAUAAAAAAUUCAGUUUCACAUACACCGUAGACAAAAAUUUAGGAUUGUUUCUGGAGAGUGUGAAUGGCUUGUACGGGUCUAAAGAGGACCACACAUUCUGGGAGCUUCUAAGUGAUGAAGAGCCACUGAAUACUGGAAUUGGCUGCUACCAACUAAAAGAAAAAGAUCAAAUUAUCCUGAAGCUCAAAAAGUGGUAGGAAAAAACAUGCAUUAAGACAUGUUAAUCCUUGAGAAUUCAGAGAAAAAUGCAUUGGCAUUUGUUGAUAUAUAAGGCAAUUUUGGGUCAUUUGCCAAAUUUUCUCUGUUGUUUCGUACAAAGGACUUUGUUUGAAAAUCACUUAUUACGUUCUAAAUCAAAUUAUAAUCUCUGUGUGCCAUUCGUUAGAACUGAGUUUGGGAAAACCUCUUUCAAAUACGCUGACGCCUCUGAUUGGAAUCUUAUCCAAAAUUUGGUGUCUUAUAAUUGUUUUAAGUCUUUAUUGUGUAAUCUAGAGAGCAAUUCAACAGUGUGUAAUUGUUUUUAACUGGUUAUAUGUUGGUUUUUCUUUGUUUUUUUAUAUGUAUGUUGUUUGUAUAUGCAAAUUCGGCUGCCUAGAUUUUUAAUCUAAAUGAGUCCUUUCCUGGUUAAAUAAAGGUAUAUAUAUAUGUUGAACUAGUAUGCAGCAUGUAUGCAAGAGUAAGCAAUUUGAAAGUAAAUAAAAGACCUGGUACAACGUUAACUCAUACAGUUGGCUGUUGGUGCACUUAUUGGAAAUUAAUAAUGUGAAAUUAAGCUAAAAAACAUUUCUGGUUAAACCUGUGUGACUUUCAUUCUUCUGCAGAACAAGAAAGAAGGCAUUUUGAAGAAUGUUGGUGACCA